GACUCCAGUUCCGUCCUUCAUCCCACCGUAUCAAACCCAGCCUUCAUUAUUUGGUAUCAAACCCAGAAUACCUAGGGCAUCCCCGUCGCCUCUGCUCAUCGAUCCUCCUGCCGCCAGCGGGUCCCUAACACUCUUUCGUUCGGAGUAGGAAUAUCUAUAUCUUACGUUCUUUCGCUGUGCAAUCAAAGAGAUGGGGAAAGCAAAGAAAGGUCCUAAAUUUGCAGUCAUGAAAAAGCUCAUAACCCAAAAAGCCAUUAAAAAUUACAAACAACAGGUUCUGGACCCAAAAAAGAAAGAUGGCAGCGAGAAAAAGCUCCCAAGAAAUGUGCCAAAGGUGUCGUCGGCGCUUUUCUUCAAUUACAACACCUCGUUAGGACCGCCGUAUCGGGUUCUGAUAGAUACCAACUUCAUCAAUUUCUCUAUUCAGAAUAAAUUGGACCUGGAGAAGGGAAUGAUGGACUGCUUAUAUGCAAAAUGCACUCCUUGCAUCACGGAUUGUGUGAUGGCAGAACUGGAGAAGCUUGGUCAAAAAUAUCGAGUUGCUUUGAGGAUUGCUAAGGAUCCUCGUUUUCAUAGACUAAUUUGUACUCACAAAGGGACCUAUGCUGAUGACUGUAUUGUUGAGAGAGUUACUGAGCAUAAAUGCUACAUUGUUGCCACUUGUGAUCGAGAUUUGAAGCGAAGGAUCCGAAAGAUUCCUGGUGUACCAAUCAUGUACAUCACAAAGCACAGGUACUCGAUAGAGCGGUUGCCUGAAGCAACAAUUGGUGGAGCUCCAAGAUAUUGAUGACUGAAAUAUCAUCCUUCAACAUUGGGAAGACUUGGGUUCUGUUCUGCUUAAAUGGGUGAUUACAGAUUUUGAUGCAUGUAAUUUUGGAUUCUCUCGCGAUAUUAUAUAAGUCCAGGCCAGUUCUCUUUUUUAUCUGUAAUUUUUUGGGUAUUGUAGGAGAAGAAUUGACAUUAUUAAUUCAUAUUCAGUCAUACGAACUUGACCCUUUUCA